AUGACGGAGCAACAAGUAGACGUGCUCAUCUGCGGCGGCGGGUCCGCCGGCCUCUGCGCCGCCGUGUGGUUGUCGAGGUGCGGCAUCAGCUACAAGAUUCUCGAGCGCCGCGACGGGCCCCUCGCCAUGGGCCAGGCCGACGGCGUGCAGUGCCGGACCGUCGAGGUGUUUGAGAGCUUUGGCAUGUCCGAGGACCUGCUCCGGGAGGCCUACCACGUGAUUGAGCUGGCGUUCUGGGCACCUGAUCUCGUCAACGGCAACGGCCACGCGAAUGGAGGGGUGGGGGACAAGGCGGUGACAUCCUCGUCCUCCUCGGGCAUCAGGCGGACGCACUAUGCCGCCGAUGUCGAACCCGGCAUUAGCCACCAGCCCCAUGUCAUAUUGAAUCAGGCCCGCAUGAAUGCGCUCCUGGCUCAAGAAAUGGAGAGGGCUUCCGGCACUUCGGAUAUCCUGUAUGGCUACGAAGUCAAAGGUGUAGAGGUCGAUAGUGCUACUGCUUCGGAUCUGGAUGCCUAUUGUUGCACGGUGACGGCAACUAAAGCGGACCAGGAACACAAAUUCCGGGCAAAAUAUGUACUGGGUUGCGACGGAGCUCAUAGUACCAUCCGAAAGUCUCUGGGCUUCAAAAUGGUUGGCGACAGCACCAAUGCAGUAUGGGGCGUGAUGGACGUGUACCCGCAGACGGACUUUCCAGAUAUUCGAAAGAAGACAGCCAUCAGCUCCGAAGCAGGUAAUCUGAUGAUCAUACCCCGCGAGGGCGACAGUCUGGUGCGCUUCUAUAUUGAGAUUGAGAACGCCCACGACGUCUCCAAGCUGACGCUCGAGGACCUGCAUGAGAGCGCCCGGCGCAUCUUCCGGCCGUACAACAUGGACAUUGCCGAGACGGCAUGGUGGUCCGUCUACGCCAUUGGACAGCGGCGGGCCGAUUACUUCCACCGGGACCACCGCGUGUUCCUGACGGGCGACGCCUGCCACACGCACAGCCCCAAGGCAGGGCAGGGCAUGAACGUGAGUCUACAGGACGGCUACAACAUUGGCUGGAAGCUGGCGGCGGUGCUGCGCGGCCGCGCCACCGACCCCUUUGGCCUGCUCGCCACCUACGUUUCGGAGCGCGAGAAGACGGCCACCGAGCUCAUUGACUUUGACCGCUCCUGGACCAAGCUGUUUUCCUCGUCGUACCGCCGCGAGCACGGCAUCACCCCGGAGGACUUUCAGCAGCAGUUUGUCAAGGCCGGCCGCUUCACUGCCGGCAUGGCGACCAACUAUCAUGACUCGGCAAUCAUGUCCGCAGUCACCAGCAAGCAAGAUCUUGCCAAGGGUUUGCCGGUCGGUAUGCGGUUUCCUAGCGCGCAGGUCGUGAGGUUCUGUGAUGCGCGAGUCUUGCAACUCGUGAGAGCUCUUCCGGCGGAUUCGCGGUGGCAUAUCGUCGUGUUUGCUGGCGAUAUUCGAUACCAGUCUGCUGCAGAGCGGUUGAAUUCUGUGGCUAUCGAGCUGGAUCGAAUGGUGAAGCGCUUCACUCCUCUAGGCUCUGAUUAUGAUAGCAUUUUCAAUAUCCUUUUGGUCCUAUCUGGAAAACGCACGGAAGUUGAGCAGGAGCAGAUACCGGAUACUUUUGUGCCGGUAAAUGGGAAAUGGAAGAUGAAAUGCCUAUUCAAAACAUUUGUGGAUGACGAAAGUUACAACUCGGGCCACGGUCAUGCAUAUUUGACUUAUGGUAUCGAUCCUACCCGUGGUGCUAUAGUGAUUGUGAGGCCUGAUCAAUAUAUCGCGCGUGUUGGUGCAUUGACAGACGUUGAUGGAGUUUCGCAAUUCUUUGACGGCGUACUAAAACAUUAA